UUUUAGUCUCAUUACUUUUAGUGAUGGAACUAAAACGUAUCCAAGCACCCUCUUAGUCUCAUUACUUUUAGUCAUGAUACUAAAACAUAUACAAGCACCCUCUUAACCUAGGAGGAAGUUGAAUGGUCAGUUUAAUCAUCCUAGCCUACGUCCGAUGGUCCAGCCCCGGACAGCUUUUCACCAUAAAAACGCGAAGCCGCGGUUCGAUCUGGUAUAUGAAACCGCGGUGUGACAUGCCAUGCAUCCACCCAUGUUCGUUCCCACAAGGUAGGCUUGAGUCAACUCCAUGAAACAUAAGCAACCUACGCCUGUAGAAACUCUGGUUGGAGGGCCGCUCGCGCCACCAACCACCACCAUUCCCUUCCCCUGUUUCGCCAUCCAUCACAUCAUCGGCUGUUUUGUCCUACCGCAGAGUGUCGAGCCGCGGACAACGAGCCCAUCCGUGUGGCACAGGCAGCCGCCCACACUCCACACUUAUAUAAAGGCCCGGCUAGCCGCUCCACCAUAGCAUCCACCCAAAGCCGGUCUCCGCCUUCUCUCCAGUCCUGCUCACCCUCUCCCUCACCCUGCAUUCACAGCUCCUGGGAGGAGGAGGGAACCUCUCUUGAUCCUUCGGUAUUGAUAUAUAUCCGGAACUUGUCGCUUCUUGCCAUGGCUGCCAAAUCCUGGAACCCCUUCCCCUGCUGCGUCGGCGGCAGCAGAGUGGCGGACAACGACUACGACGACCGCACCUCGCGACGGCGUACCGGCCGGAGCGUGAAACGCUGCCCGAGGUCGUCGUCGAGGAUGUCCUUCAAGAGCCUCAGCUCGUCGGGGACGCUGUCGCCGGAGGACCUGUCCAUCACGCUCUCCGGCUCCAACCUGCACGCCUUCACCUACGCCGAGCUCCGGACCGCCACGGGGAGCUUCUCCCGCGCCAACUACCUCGGCUGCGGUGGCUUCGGCCCGGUCUACAAGGGCGCCGUCGACGAAAACCUCCGCCCCGGGCUGGCCGCGCAGGCCGUCGCCGUCAAGUACCUCGACCUGGACUGCGGCACGCAGGGCCACAAGGAGUGGCUGGCUGAGGUUUUCUUUCUUGGUCAAUUGAGGCACAAGAACCUGGUGAAGUUGAUCGGGUACUGCUACGAGGACGAACACCGGAUGCUGGUGUACGAGUUCAUGAACGCCGGAAGCCUCGAGACGCACCUCUUCAAAAGCACAAAUGGCUCUCUCCCGUGGAUGACAAGGAUGAAGAUUGCUGUCGGCGCGGCCAAGGGCCUUGCCUUUCUCCACGAUGCCGACCCGCCGGUGAUCUACCGCGACUUCAAGGCCUCUAACAUCUUGCUCGACUCGGAUUACAACACCAAGUUGUCCGACUUUGGGCUGGCCAAGGAUGGGCCUCAGGGCGACGCGACACACGUGACAACGCGUGUCAUGGGGACGCAUGGUUAUGCAGCGCCAGAAUACAUCAUGACGGGUCACUUGACCGCCAAGAGCGAUGUAUAUAGCUUUGGUGUAGUGCUCCUGGAGCUCCUGUCCGGGUUGCGGUCAGUGGACCGUGCACGGCGGCUCAGGGAGCAGAACCUGGUGGACUGGGCUAGACCAUACCUCAAGCGCUCGGACAGGUUGUACAAAGUCAUGGACCCAGCUCUUGAGUGCCAAUACUCAUGUAAAGGCGCCGAGGUGGCAGCACUGGUGGCAUACAAGUGUCUCAGUCAGAACCCAAAGUCUAGGCCUACCAUGAGGGAAGUGGUUAAGGCCCUCGAGCCCGUCCUCGGCAUGGAAGACUUCUUCCCUGUGGGCCCUUUUGUGUUCACAGUCAUUGUGGAAGAGGACAAGGUAGUAGACAUGAAAGUGGAGGUCGAGGAGAAGCACCAGCACCAUCGCCAGAACCAUCAAGACAGGCACCGGCAGAAGUACCCCGACUCAGCAAUCCAUGCCGGCAUUGUACUCCGCCGCCGCGAUGGGCUCAUUACCGGGUACAACGGUGCGCAGGGACAGAAACAAAGGCCGUCGAGCUACCACCGGGAGAAGGGGGCAUAGGACUAAAAGGUAGGGAAGUAAGUAGGACAAAAUGGUAUGUACAUACUAUAGAGAUGUGAUACAAUGUCACAUUGGUUUGUUUCAGAUUUGAGGAUUGUGUUUAUUUCUUUCUUGAUAGUUUUUGGAAAGGUCUCAGGGGACUUACGCCCACCUUUCUUCUUGAUAGUGAGAAUGGGUGCUAGAUAAAUAUAGGGAUGCAAAACAGUGUGACAAAAGUCCGGUUUUGAUUUUUGCAAAGGGUUGUUGUUCAAGAUCUUGUGUACAAAUGAAUGGUCUAGUUAAAAGGGAUGCACAAUGCUUCUUUCA